CCCAAUCCAAUUUCGCAACUAAAUAUCUAUUUCCUUUUCCCAAUCUCUCUCUCUUUCCAACUCCUGCUCGGUUUAGGAUGUGAACGUGCGGCAUUCCGUGUCAAAGUCCCCUCCUUUUAUCACCCCCCAACCCCAGAGGCCAAAGUUUCGUUGGACUGCUGAGGAUUUUUUUUUCCCUUAAAUUUUUUUUGUCCUAAAAUUCGCAAUCCUGGGGGAUUCGAGUUUGCUUAUGAAUUUUCCUCUUAUCAGAUCCAUAAAUUGGGUCAACUCAAUUCUUCUGUUUUUCGUUUUGCCCAAUUUUGACCGGGAAACUUUUUACCAGCCCUUAGCCUUAUUUUGUCUCCUGAUCUAGGGUUUUGAUUCAGCAAUUCUCUGUCCAGUUUGAACGAUAUUUUGAAUUCGGGGCCAAUUUUGUGAUUUUGAUUGGGACAGCUUUUGAUCUCAAUUUUGCUUUUUGAUUAAAUUGAGCACCAAUCCUCGCUGAUUCUUUUUUUUUUUUUUUUCAAUUUAAGUUUAGAUUAGGUUUUUCUCGGAUUUAGGCUUAGGGUUAGGGUUAGGUUAGGACUUUUUGUUGGAGAUGGUGGGUUCAGAUGGUUCGAAUGGGUCCAUGUCACCUUCGCCGCCGCAGCGGCAAACGCGGGAAUCGGCCCCAAAGCAGUAUGGCGUCACAAAACCCUUGUCUCAGUCUGGACCCUCAGAGGCGGAAAAAUUCAGAACUAAGGAGUUGGAAAAGUUUUUGGACGAUUCUGGGCUAUACGAGAGUGCUGUAGAGGCUGUGAAGAGGGAAGAGGUUCUAACUCGACUCAAACAGAUUGUCAAGGAUUGGGUGAAAGAGAUUACUCGCUUGCGAGGUUAUACUGAUCAGAUGGUUGAGGAUGCUAAUGCAUUGAUAUUAACUUUUGGUUCUUACCGACUCGGGGUACACGGUCCUGGAGCUGACAUAGAUACAUUAUGUGUUGGGCCAUCAUAUGUGAUGAGGGAGGACUUCUUCUAUGUGCUGCAUGAUAUCUUGGCUGAGAUGGAAGAAGUUGGUGAAUUGCAACCAGUACCAGAUGCGCAUGUCCCCGUCAUGAAGUUCAAGUUUGAUGGAAUUUCAAUUGAUCUUCUUUAUGCUAGUAUUGAUCUUUUGGUUGUCCCAGAUGAUUUGGACAUCUCUGACGUCUCAGUUUUGCAUAAUGUUGACGAGGCAACUGGACGGAGUCUGAAUGGAUGCAGGGUAGCGGAUCAUAUACUUAAGCUAGUUCCUAAUGUUAAGAAUUUCCGGACGGCUCUUCGAUGCUUAAAAUUUUGGGCAAAAAGGCGUGGUGUUUAUUCAAAUGUGACUGGGUUUCUUGGUGGUGUAAAUUGGGCUCUUCUUGUGGCUCGUGUAUGUCAGCUUUAUCCAAAUGCAGUACCAAGCAUGCUGGUUUCCCGUUUUUUCCGAGUUUACACUCAAUGGCGCUGGCCAAAUCCAGUUAUGCUUUGUGAAAUAGAGGACAACGAACUUGGAUUCUCUGUUUGGGAUCCUCGAAAAAAUCAUUGGGAUCGUGGUCAUCAUAUGCCAAUAAUAACUCCUGCUUACCCAUGCAUGAACUCAAGCUACAAUGUGUCAGCUAGUACUCUGAGAGUUAUGAUGGAGCAGUUCCAAUUCGGUAACAAGACAUGCGAGGAGAUCGAGCUGAAUAAAGCCCAGUGGAGUGCUCUCUUUGAGCCGUAUUUGUUUUUUGAAAGCUAUAAAAACUACUUGCAGGUUGAUAUUAUUGCAGCUGAUGUUGAUGACCUGCGGGCCUGGAAGGGUUGGGUUGAAUCUCGACUAAGGCAGUUGACUCUGAUGAUAGAACGAGACACAUUUGGGAAAUUACAAUGUCAUCCAUAUCCCCAUGACUAUGUUGAUUCUUCAAAGCAGCGUGCGCAUUGUGCGUUUUUUAUGGGUUUGCAGAGGAAGCCAGGAGAGGUGAUUCAGGAAGGUCAGCAAUUUGAUAUACGUGGAACAGUUGAUGAGUUUAGGCAUCAGAUCACUAUGUAUAAUUUCUGGAAACCGGGCAUGGAAAUAUAUGUGUAUCAUGUGCGUAGAAAACAGAUUCCUUCUUAUGUAUUUCCUGAGGGUUACAAACGAAGUCGACCUUCAAGGCUUACAAAUCAGCAGCUGGGUGAUAAAUCAUCUGAAGAAAAUGGAGAGAUUUACAGGUCUGGAUCUACUGAAAGAUGUCUAAGAAGGAAAAGGGAACUUGAAGGGUCGGAGAACAAUCAAUCGAGUCCCGAGAAAAGGCAGUCAAUUAGUCCUUGGGAGAGGGAUUCAAUAUCUCCUGAAAACGGAGAUAUUUACAGGUCAGGAUCUACUGAAAGAUGUCUAAACAGGAAAAGGGAACUUGAAGGAUCAGAGAACAAUCAAGUGAGUCCCGAGAAAAGGCAGUCAAUUAGACCUCAGCGGCGGGAUUCGAUGUCUCCUGAUCUCCUUGGUGUAAAAAAUGGCAUUGCACUGAAUGAGUGCUCGUCGACAGUGCUUGUGAGGGGGAUGGAAGGUGCUGAAGCCAAUGGACUCUGCCUGAGUGGAAGCACCUCAGAAUUGCUUUCAGACAAUUUGACAAAUGGAGGCACUGGCAUACAAAGGAAUGAGAGGCAACAGGUUGAGCAGCAGAAAGAGGUCUCUGAAGAGUUGAAUAAGCUGAAUGGUGAUAUGCUUUUAGUGGAGAAUGGUAAAGCUGGAUAUAUCUUAGACACCAGUGUAUUAGCCCAUGUAAACAGUGAACUCACCAGCAAGGAUGUUGGAUCUGUGUCUCUUGCAGGUAACUAUGACAACAACCAUGGAAGUCGUGAUGGGUUUAAACUCCAGGAAUCUUCAUGGGUUGAUUCUCACAAAUCAGAUACCAAGUUGCUUGUGAACUAUAAUGGGGAAAAUAGUGCACAGUUAUAUGGAGAUGAAUUGCAGGAGUUAGAGCCAAAUGCUGCCCAUCAUGAAGUGGUGCUGAAGUCCAGGGAUGCAGUCAGCUCGGAGUCUGUUCAGAAAACAGUGAUGAGGCAUGUUCAUCAGUUUUUGUUACUUGAUUCCAUUAUGUUUAUAUGUUUUCUGGGCCAUUUUUGUCUUUAUGCUGCUGUUUGUCGGUUGUUUUAUGGCCAUUUUGUAGCCGGUUGAGUCUUACAUCAACAGCUUGAAAGAUGGUAUGGUAGACCUGCUAAUAGCCAAGAUGGUAAACAAGAUUUGAUCAUGGAUGAAGAGGGAAAGCCAGCACGUCGGGUAAGUCUAAUGUACAUUGCUGGCUUUCAUUUUCUUCUUUUUUUCCAGGCGUGCGUUUUCUUCUCGCCCUGUGGAAGGAAAAUGGAGGCAGGAAUACGAAGAGCUGGGUUGAAUUUCAGUUUCAGUGGCUUGUGUACAGUUUCAUCUUUAGUCUCCUCUAAACACCCUUACAAAGAUUUCACUGCCGGUUGAGCAGGCGUAGUAGCUAUAAUAUAGGUUCUCUUCCACCUGGGUAUUUAGGGAAAUGAUACAAUAUGUUGGAUCAAAGUACCGGGUUGUCUGUCUAGUGGACUUUGUUUAAGGUUAGGAAGUUGUAGCCCUCAUCCCUGUGUAAUCUUUAGCUAGAACUGAUACUGUACAUGAAUGAUUGACAGCAGUGAUUGAUAUUAUUAGGUGAAUUAGAGAUUUCUCCCAUC